CAGACACAGCGAGGCUGCCGUGGGGGUGUUUCCUCAGGGUUCUUGCGCAGACAGCCACCGCCCUGCCGGUCCACUGGGGUCUGCUCUGCCCCAUGCCAGCUCCCCACCACCCCCACAGCGGGGCUCAGCCGUGGUGGAAGGUUGGGUAACAAGACUGCUGCUGGCUUGCACUCCGGGCACGGCACCCAAAGGCACCUGCUCCGGCAGGCCUUGUGUGCUCCAAGGGCCCACCUCUGGGAGCCGCCUGUCCACUGGAGACGGAGUCUGCUCUGGGAGAAAUGGGGCUGUGCAACAGGACAAAUGCAUUGCACAAUCUCAUAGGUUUUUGCCUCUCAGAUGCUCUGUCUUGAAGUGAAAAUACCUGUCUCCCAGCACUCUUGUUUCCUAGAGGGGGAGUGCAAAAGGACACCCAGGGGUGUGCUUGAGAGGAACGGUCAUUGACUCCACACCAGUGCCAAUAGAAAUACAUACAUUGGCAGCUGGGAAAAUGACAAGGUAAUUUUAAGUAUUCCUUCAUUUUAAAAUGUCUCUGGGUUUGGAGUGGGGCAUGUCUCAUCAUAUCCACCUUACAAAGACACAGAAAGUCAUAACCUGAGAAGGAUCAGACCAAUGCCACAGGGUCUUCUUCCACCUGGGAAACUUGUCACAGCCCAGUAUGAAGACUUGAGACACCUGGGGUCUUCAGAUGUCCUGCUGCCUCUCGAGGCUCCUGCAAACACACUGGUCAUUGCUGGCAGGCAGGCCCUGGUGAAACACCCGGGCAGCGUCUACUGUGCUACCGUGAAAGCCCAGCAUGAAUGGGCUGUGCACAAACAGUGGGCUAGGCAUGGCCCUGCUGCGCGGGCGUAUACACCACACACACAUCCCACAGAGAAACAAGAGCCCUGGCCAGCGACAGAUCCACUGUUGUUUGGCUGCCCUUGGUUACUGAGUCCCCCAGGAAUGAAUCAGUAAGUAUAGGAAAACUGCUUAUUUUGUUGAUGCUGAAGAGGAGGCAGUCCUUGAAACAAGACAAAUAAGGGUCUGCAAUUAGGAAACAGCAUCUUGUGGCUUUAUUGGAUCUAGUCUGGACUUUUUUUCAGUGUCUAAGAAGAAUAUCGGUGCCGUGAUAAGAAUUAAGAUCAUGUCACAGAAGUGCUUUACAGCACAGAUUUAAAUCCCCAGGCAUGGCUUAGUGGCCUAGGCUGAACAAAUGGAAGACCUGUGCUGCAUUGAUCCACAGAAAGAAAUUCCAGCAAAUUUAAUUAAUCCCUCAGGCUGUCAGGGUAGAUGAGUUAUUUGCAGGGCUGGGGACAGCAGUUCUGUGCUGCAUAGAUUGUUAAGGUCCUGUAAGACUACCAGCAGUGGAGGGGUUUAUUGGACACUGUGGCCGGCCACAACCUUCUGACCUCUUACCUGAGAUCCUUGCAGAAGCAGGGACCUGUCUAGAUCUGAAAGAACAGUCACUGUCCUCUCCAUUAUCAUAGCUGCAUAUGAUAGCAGACUCAAAGGCAGCAAUCUGAAAGGAUAUUGUAAUGAAAGAAAAUCAUGCUGUAAGCAUAAACAGUGACCAUUGCCUUUAUCCUUCAUCUCAUUAAACGCAGAUGAAUGGCACUGGAAGGCUAGAACAUCCUUCUGGGGCAAUUUAUGAAGGCGAGUUCAAAGACAAGUUUCACGGGCCUGGAACCUACACAUUUCCAAACAGAGAGAAGUCCAUUGGACCAUUCAAGGAAAACAAGAGAGACUGAAAGUGUGCCUGUGAGUACCCCUGCAACACAGAUUUCCCAGGACUCAAGCGCCUGAGUUCCCCGGGGUGGCUGUCCUCUUACCAUCAGUGCUCCAGUUUUGGACUCAGUUUAUAACCAGAUGUUAGGCCGAAUUUCUGUUGUAAAGGUAAAAACCACUGGUACCGAAGCGCCUUGGGCCGCGACCUUGCCAUGGGUUUUGUGCAGGCAGAACAAGUGCCAUGCUCACAGCAGUGGGGACAGAGCUCAGGGGUGCCAGCCUGAGCUGCCCCGGAGGGGGUGUCCCUGCUUAACCCUCCGCAAGCCGCCCACCUCCCCUGCUGCCCACUGCCACACCUGCCUUGUCCGCUUGCUAUGCCAGCCUGGCUCGGCCCGGCCUGUUUCCUGCCUCACCCGGCCAUCAACCAGCUGCCUCCAGCUUAGGUUGUGAGCUCCUCCAGCAGCACUAGGGCCUCUAGGGACAGAAAACAGGGAGAGCGGGCAGUGUCACUGUAUGCUGGGGAAGACUUCCCGCUCCCUCCCCAUCAUGAGUUAGAGAGCUGCCUCCUUCCCCAGAAAGUGCCCACUGACCAAGGACAGACCUUCUCCACAGCCCUUGGAGAGUGAAGAGGUGUUAGACCCGUCUGGGGAGAGCACAAGCCCCACAGGCAUGUGGGGGAGGAGGAUGUGCUCAAAAACGGACGUGUUCUUGACUGCCCAGCCGCUUUGGGGAUUGAUAAUCUGGCUGCUGUUACUGCAAACCUUCUUGGCAUGUUUCAGGCUGUCCUCUCCUUCCACAGACUGACAGGCUGAAAACUGCCAGGGAGCCUGGAAAAACUCUUCUCUCUAACCAGGGGCACGUUGACUGCCCAAGGCAAACAUCUCCUACCCUGUGCUGAGGCUGCAGCAGGGGCCGAACCUCCCCUCGUGUCUCCCAGCCAUGACAGGUGGAGGAGAAAGACGACAGCACCUUACAGGAUGGGGUACACCCAGCCUUCAUGUCACUGAGCCAUGAGUGACCCUCGGGGACGCAGCUACCCACAUCUGGGAGGAGGGACUGAACCCACUGUGUUUGUGGUUCCUCUAGUUGCA